UUUACUGACUCAUUUCAUGCAUCAUACCCAGAAUGCACAGAGAGACACUAAAAUAGCGAGAUUUCAGGUAUCAUGGCGAGCGCGGCCACUUCUUGUUGAAACAUCACGUUUGACAUUCCGAAAGGAUUUAUCUAUACCUUUAUUUAAGUCUCAUGAAGAAAGGUGAAGUACUGAUGUCCUGCUAAGCAACGCCGGAAGAAGGCUGGGUCCGCGGUCAUGGCAGCGUCUGAGCUAUAUACAAAGUACGCCCGGGUGUGGAUCCCUGACGCCGAGGAUGUGUGGAAAUCCGCAGAACUCGCCAAGGACUACAAGCAGAAGGACACUGCGCUGCAUCUGCAGCUGGAGGAUGAAACGACUUUGCAGUACAAAUUAGACCCCAAAACGAAGAACUUGCCUCACCUCCGGAACCCUGACAUCUUGGUGGGGGAGAAUGACCUCACGGCCCUCAGCUACCUGCACGAACCUGCCGUUCUCCACAACCUCAAAGUUCGCUUCAUCGACUCCAAGCUCAUUUACACUUACUGCGGUAUCGUCUUGGUGGCAAUCAACCCGUAUGAAACCCUCCCCAUUUAUGGAUCGGACAUCAUCAAUGCCUACAGUGGGCAGAACAUGGGGGACAUGGAUCCCCACAUCUUCGCGGUGGCAGAGGAGGCCUACAAGCAGAUGGCCAGGGAUGAGAGGAACCAGUCCAUCAUCGUGAGCGGGGAGUCUGGAGCUGGGAAGACCGUCUCUGCCAAGUACGCCAUGCGCUAUUUCGCCACCGUCAGCGGCUCCGCCAGCGAAGCCAACGUGGAGGAGAAGGUGCUGGCAUCCAACCCCAUCAUGGAGGCUAUCGGAAAUGCCAAGACCACCAGGAACGACAACAGCAGCCGUUUCGGGAAGUACAUCGAGAUUGGCUUUGACAAGCGGUACCACAUCAUUGGGGCCAACAUGAGGACCUACCUGCUGGAGAAGUCCAGAGUGGUUUUCCAGGCAGAUGAAGAAAGAAACUAUCACAUCUUCUACCAGCUGUGCGGCUCUGCCAAUUUGCCGGAUUUCAAAGACCUAAAAUUAGCCAGAGCAGAUAACUUCCACUACACAAACCAGGGCCGGAACCUCAUCAUCGACGGCGUGGAGGAUGCAAAGGAGAUGCUCACCACACGCAAUGCCUUCUCCUUAUUAGGAAUCAACGAAUCCUAUCAAAUGGGACUUUUCAAAGUCUUGGCUGCUAUUCUACAUCUUGGCAACGUGGAGGUGAAAGACAGAGACUCAGACAGCAGCAGCAUCCCGCCGAACAACAAGCACCUGACCGUCUUCUGUGACCUCAUGGGGGUUACGUACCAAGACAUGUCCCACUGGCUGUGUCACAAGAAGCUGAAGACGGCCACGGAGACCUACAUCAAGCCCGUCCCCAAGCUGCAGGCCAUCAAUGCCCGCGACGCCCUCGCCAAGCACAUCUAUGCCAAGCUCUUCACCUGGAUCGUGGACCACGUCAACGAGUCCCUCCACUCCACGGUCAAGCAGCACUCCUUCAUUGGAGUGCUUGACAUCUACGGGUUUGAGACCUUUGAAAUUAACAGCUUUGAGCAGUUCUGUAUAAACUACGCCAACGAGAAGCUACAGCAGCAAUUUAACAUGCACGUCUUCAAACUGGAACAGGAGGAGUACAUGAAGGAGCAGAUUCCCUGGACCCUUAUCGACUUCUACGAUAAUCAGCCAUGCAUCAACCUGAUCGAGGCGAAGAUGGGGGUCCUGGACCUUCUGGAUGAAGAGUGCAAGAUGCCCAAAGGAUCAGAUGAGUCAUGGGCCCAGAAGCUCUACAACACACACCUGAAGAAGUGCGCCCUGUUCGAGAAACCCCGUAUGUCCAACAAGGCCUUCAUCAUCCAACACUUUGCCGACAAGGUGGAGUACCAGUGUGAAGGUUUCCUGGAGAAAAAUAAAGACACCGUCAAUGAAGAGCAGAUACACGUGCUGAAGGCCAGCAAGUUUGAUCUGCUGGUGGAGCUCUUCCAGGACGACGAGAAGACCUCUAGUCCCACAGGGCCGUCUCCGGGGGGCCGCACUCGGCUAAGUGUGAAGCCCGACAAGAGCCGGGGGGGCCAGUCCAGUAAGGAGCACAAGAAGACCGUGGGCCUGCAGUUCCGCAACUCGCUGCAGCUAUUGAUGGAAACCCUGAAUGCCACGACUCCCCACUAUGUCCGCUGCAUCAAGCCAAAUGACUUCAAAUUCCCUUUCACGUUUGACCCCAAGAGGGCGGUACAGCAGCUGAGAGCUUGUGGUGUGCUAGAAACCAUCCGAAUCUCUGCAGCCGGCUUCCCAUCCAGGUGGACCUAUCAGGAGUUCUUCAGCCGCUAUCGGGUCCUGAUGAAGCAGAAGGAUGUGCUGACUGACAAGAAGCUCACCUGCAAGAAUGUCCUGGAGAGGCUUGUCCAGGACCCGGACAAGUACCAGUUUGGCAAGACCAAGAUCUUCUUCCGCGCGGGUCAGGUGGCCUACCUGGAGAAGCUGCGAGCGGACAAGCUCCGUGCAGCCUGUAUCCGCAUCCAGAAGACCAUCCGCUGCUGGCUGGCGCGCAAGAAGUACCUGCGCAUGAAGAAGGCCGCCAUCACCAUUCAGAGACACGUGCGGGGCUACCAGGCGAGAUGUCUGGCCAAAUUCCUGCGCCGGACAAGGGCCGCCAUCAUCAUCCAAAAGUGCCAGCGCAUGUACGUGGCGAGGGAGCUCUACAGACGCAAGCGUGCCGCCGCUAUCGCCCUCCAGUGCCUCCUGCGGGCGUACAUGGCAAGGCAGCUGUACCAGGCGUUGCUCCGGGAGCACAAAGCCAUCAUCAUCCAGAAGUGGGUGCGUGGCUGGCUGGCGCGGCAGUGGUUCAAGCGCUCGCUGGCGGCGAUCGUGUACCUGCAGUGCUGCGUGCGCCGCAUGAAGGCCAAGCGCGAGCUCAAGAAGCUGAAGAUCGAGGCGCGCUCCGUGGAGCACUUCAAGAAGCUCAACAUCGGCAUGGAGAACAAGAUCAUGCAGCUGCAGCGUAAGGUGGAUGAGCAGAGCAAGGAGAACAAGUCCCUGAGCGAGCGCCUGACCGGGCUGGAGAACACCUACACCAUCGAGGGCGAGCGGCUGCGCGGCGAACUUGCGCGCCUCCGCGGCUUCGAGGAGGAGGCCAAGAGCAACGCCAGUCGCGUGGUCAGCCUGCUGGAGGAGCUGGUCCGGCUGCGCAAGGAGCUGGAGGCCACGCAGUCUGAGAAGAAGGUCAUCGAGGACUGGGCGGACAAGUACCGCAACGAGAUGGAGGCGAUGGUGGCUGAGCUGAAGGAGCAGAACAACCUUUUAAAGAGUGAAAAGAACAACCUGAACCGGCUGAUCCAGGAGCAGGACCAGGUGAUGACAGACAAAAUGCAGAAGGCCCUGGCGGAGCAGACCAAGGAGCUGGAGAAUGACCUGAACGAGGAGCGCACACGUUAUCAGAACCUGCUGUCGGAACACCUGCGCCUGGAGGAGCGCUACGACGACCUGAAGGAGGAGAUCACCCUUACUGUGGCUGUCCCCAAGCCAGGCCACAGAAGAACCGACUCCACACACAGCAGCAACGAGUCCGAGUGCACGUACAACUCUGAGAUAGCAGAGUCUGAAGAGAGCUCUCGUGGGCGUGAGGAUGUCACCAAGGCGCCUCUGGACAUGUCGCUGUUCCUCAAGCUGCAGAAGAGAGUGACUGAGCUGGAGCAGGAGAAGCAGUCGCUGCAGAACGAGCUGGACCGGAAAGAUGAGCAGUUCCAGCGGGCAAGGGCCAGGGAUGAAGAGGAGCACAAGAAGUCGCGGGGAGCAGAGCUGGAAUAUGAAUCUCUGAAGCGGCAGGAGCUGGAGUCGGAAAACAAGAAGCUGAAGCACGACCUGAACCAGAUCCGCCAAUCCAUGAGCGGCAUCGCCGGAGCCUCCUCCGCCGCCCCAGGCUCGCCCGCCUACAAGGUGCUCCUGGACCAGCUCAACGCCUCCAAUGAGGAGCUGGAGGUGCGCAAGGAGGAGGUUCUGAUCCUGCGCUCCCAGCUGGUCAGCCAGAAGGAGGCGCGGCAGCACAAGGUGAGGGCCGGGGCCCCGCAGGCUGGCGUGUCAUUUUGGGAUGACAAGGACCUCAUGGAGCAGCUGGAGAAGCAGGACAAGACUGUCCGCAAGCUCAAGAAGCAGCUGAAGGUGUUUGCCAAGAAGAUUGGCGAGUUGGAAGUUGGGGGUCAAGUGGAGAACAUUUCCCCUGGACAGACCGUGGAUGAGCCAAUCCGGCCAGUCAACAUCCCUCGCAAGGAGAAGGACUUCCAGGGCAUGCUGGAGUACAAGAAGGAUGAUGAGCUGAAGCUGGUGAAGAAUCUGAUCUUAGAACUGAAACCACGAGGUGUGGCCGUCAACAUGAUCCCAGGCCUGCCGGCCUACAUCCUGUUCAUGUGUCUGCGCCAUGCCGACUACCUCAACGACGACCAGAAAGUUCGCACACUGCUCACCAGCUCUAUCAAUAGCAUCAAGAAGAUCUUAAAGAAAAGAGGAGAUGACUUUGAGACGGUCUCUUUCUGGCUCUCCAACACCUGCCGUUUCUUGCAUUGUCUGAAGCAGUACAGCGGGGAGGAGGCAUUCACGAAAUACAACACAAAUAAGCAGAACGAUCACUGCCUGAACAACUUUGACCUGGCGGAGUACCGGCAGGUUCUGAGCGACCUGGCCAUCCAGAUCUACCAGCAACUCAUCAAGUGCAUGGAGAACAUUCUGCAGCCCAUGAUAGUCUCAGGAAUGCUGGAGCACGAGACCAUCCAAGGCGUGUCAGGCGUGAAGCCCACCGGCCUGCGGAAGCGGACAUCUAGCAUCGCCGAUGAGGGCACCUACACCCUGGACUCCAUCCUCCGCCAGCUGAACUCCUUCCACUCCAUCAUGUGCCAACACGGCACCGACCCGGAGCUCAUGAAGCAGGUGGUCCGCCAGCAGUUCUACAUCAUCGGCGCCGUCACCCUUAACAACCUGCUGCUGCGGAAGGACAUGUGCUCCUGGAGCAAGGGGAUGCAGAUCAGGUACAACGUCAGCCAGCUGGAGGAGUGGCUCAGGGACAAGAACCUGAUGAACUGUGGGGCCAAAGAGACGCUGGAGCCCCUGAUCCAGGCAGCACAGCUGCUACAGGUGAAGAAGAAGACCGACGAGGACGCAGAGGCCAUUUGCUCUAUGUGCCACGCCCUCACCACCUCCCAGAUUGUGAAGGUGCUGAACCUGUACACUCCGGUGAAUGAGUUUGAGGAAAGAGUGUCUGUCACUUUCAUUCGAACCAUACAGACCCGCUUACGAGAUCGAAAGGAAUCUCCACAGCUCCUGAUGGACACAAAACUCAUCUACCCUGUGACAUUCCCCUUCAACCCAUCGUCUCUGGCCUUGGAGACCAUCCAGAUCCCCGGCAGUUUAAAUCUAGGUUUCCUCACACGUGUCUAGAUGCCUCCCGUCCAUUACUUCCCCACAGCCAGCCUCGUCCCAGGUGUUGGGAAUAAGUGGCUCUUCUGAUGAGAGUUCUGUGGUGCCCACAAUGGUACCAAGUAAAAAAAAAAUUAAAUGUUAAGCCCUUUUAAUCAGCCCCCUUAACAGUGGUUAGGUGUUCAGUCUGAAACGGAUGGUGAUGAAAUGACAGAGAGCUGAUGAUGUGUGGAUCUCUGAUAGGAAGGCCACCCAGCAGUGGAGAAUUCAGAGGUGCUCUCUACCACACCUAUAAAAUUAUUGGUAUUAUCGUAUUAUCAUUAUUUAUUAUUACUAUUAUUAUUCGAGAAUAUUUGUAUUUAUUACCCAUAUCAUCCCAAACGUACUAAUGGAUUUGCCCAUAGUGGAAAAAUUUUGGAAUUGAUUGGCCAUCACAUCUCAAACUGGGGACAAAUUUGGAUGGUAUAUAUUGUAAUUUGUCUUAUAUUAAUGUCAGUAAGCUUUACAAUAUGUAGAAUAAGUAAAAAUGGUGCAUUAGUAAACUAUUUAAUGUAGAUGUUUAUUUCUUAGUUUAUGUAUUGAGACUUAGUACAUUUAGAUAGAAGCUAUGUCUUGUGUAACUUGUAUAUCCAAGAAUAUUGUACUUAGGCACGGCAGAGUUUAAGAUUAUUGUCCUCCUGAAUACAGAUACUGUUUACAUCUUAUGUUCACUGCAGGUAUUGUUGUCACUAUUUGAGGAAACCAUAAAGUUGAGAUUGGGGCCUCCACACAGCUCCACGUUAAAGUAUCUUUAACACAGUGUUUUCCAGCCCAGUCCUCUGGGACCCCCAGACUGCCCGCGUUUUUGCAAAAACGUGCCUGAGGAGCAGUUUGAGACACCGCUGCAGCCAGUGAAUAUAACUGGUCUGGGGGGUGGGGGCUUUAGCUAAUUGGAGCACACUCGUAGAUGCUGUGUGUCUGUGUACGCUUUGCUGUAACUCCUGCCGUUUCUGUGCAUACAGACUGAUCGUAGGUUACCGUUCCGGGGUGCGUUUUUCAAAUUUGGCCAUCAUGUUUGGAUUCCUCAAGGAGACUUAAACACAUUUUAAGCACAAAGGUACAUUGGUUUUGUUUUACAUGUAAGGUACCAAGCCAUUGGUUCUCAGCUUGGAGCUUUGGUUCUUGACUUAUUUCAGUAUUAAUGUUAUGAAACACAAAACUGUUAUGUUAGGAGCAUGUGUCAUGGAUGAAUGUUACCAAGAAAACAGUCUGAUAUUUUUUUUCUGAGAUGAUUGUUACCCUGAAUUUGCACUCUAGAAUUUAUGGUAAUGUUGUCACGCUUUCUGUAACUAGCAAAUCUUUGUGCUUCUUGGACCAAACCUCUACCGUUAUCCCUUAUUUAAUGUUAAAUGCAAAAUACAUGUACAAUAGUUGUGCCAGAAAUGGGUAUUUAUAUGAAGAACAAAUCUAAGACAUGUUGUUUGAUCUGUCUUUUGUUUGUUUACCCCCUUUUUGUUCUGUUUACAUUAUCAGAGGAUGUCAUACACAUGCGGGCCCCUGUAGCCCACAGAUUGGCCCUUUGUAGAUCAGCCAGCUGAUUGCUGAAACAAAACCAGCUCAGCCAUGUAACAAUAUGACCCAAAACGUCCAAAGAUCUGCACCACUGAUAAAUAUGCUAGCUUGAAUUGAUCGUUUUUAUAAACAGCAUAGGUAAUAAAUCAAAUCACAAGCCAUAUUAAUAACCCUAUGUAGUAUGAGGAGAAUGCGUAUUGUCGGUCAUUAGCCGUCCUGUAAAUAUAUUUCUAUCUAUUCAGGCAGUCACAAAAAAAAGUUUAUAGGCUGAAAAGUGAAUUAUUUAUAAAGGAGUUACAACGGCGAAAAACUGCGCUGGGUUUUUACAAAGCCCUGAGUUUUACAGAUGUACCGGAAGGACAUUGUACUCAACUGCUGACCACGUUAGUGUAUCUAUGUGCAAUGCAUAUCGGCUAAGUGCAUCAUACUGCAAAUAAUAUGUAACUUUUCCAUUUCAAUGUUUUGUUUGCGCACCAUGUUUUAUGUGUUUUAAUUUAAUGUAGUGUAGCACCACACAAUCGGUGACGUUUCUCUUUGUGAAGUGUUUUAUUACAAUGCUGGAAAGGGUUUUUGUUAAUAGUUAUGUUAUCGCCUGUUAAAGAUUGUUAGAUUUUGGUCUUGGGGUUCAUAACAAUGUAAGGUACCCCUCACGUUAGUGGUAUCUCUUUCUGCAAUUUUAAAAGAAUAUGCUAAGGAACUGGAAUAAAUGGUGGUUGAAGGUGUUUUCUGUAUAUACAGUUCAUGAUUUUAAAACUGAUGAUUAUUGCAGAAGUAACCACGUUUCUAGAAAUGCAAUCCUACUUAUACCUUGGCAUCAAAAUCUAAACCGGUCAACUCGACAAACUGUUAUAACUACUUCACAUUUCGCUGUAUGACUUGAUUUUAUUAAUACAUUAGGGUAAACAUCUGUUUGAUGAUUGAAUUUUACUUCGUUCAUUUUAUACGUUGCAUUAGCUUCUGCAUGAAAUUUCGGUGGUCAGCAGGUUAAUCCGAGCAAUGGCUGGGCUUCGCUUGGGUGUUUUUCUUAAUAUUUGAUUCUUAAGUCUUCACCUUUCAUUUCUGCCAGAAUUUAUACACUAAAUCCUGCAAAUGUCAGAGAUUGACUUCACAGUUUGAUUAAAUGUCAUUGAAAGCUCCUGAAGAGCAUUGACACCUUACACUGAAACAGGACUGCGUUACCGCCUGUAAAUGACUGAAUGAAUGGGAAAAGCCGCUCAAAUUCCCCAACAUGGACUCCAAUAAAAUCGGUAAUGGCUAUACUGCUAGAAACUGUAAGAAAAGAAAAAAAAGAUACCAGAACACCAGGAAUACCAUUCCAAUGUGUUUCUUGUCUGACCGAUGUUACCCAAAAAACUGGUCUUUCCAAGAACCAUUGUGCAAACGUGAAAAUCUGAAAUGUCUGUAAGUCACGGUGAUUGUAAUUAGCAACUGUGUUCAGUAUAGAAUAUAUAAGUUCGAAAUGUCCAAUCUGUAUAGAUAAAUAAAGGAAUCCUGCACUGUAUAUAGGAAA